GUGCUCAAGGAGGAAAGAAGUGGUCUAAAUAUCAAUGUGCUGAACAAGCAAAUUGAAGAGGGAGAGUGCGAGCUCAAUAGCAUUGUGAAGGAGAUAGACUGUGGCAAGAUUAUUGAGGGCAAGUGCAUGUCAUUGUACGAGCUUGAGAGGGCCUUGGAUCUAAUUAUGGACGAGAAUCUAUGCCUGGAAAAGUGUCGCGGGUUUAUGAAUAGCUUGGUAUGUGUUUUUAAUAUCUCAAGUUUGCAGAUGGAAAAGUACUUUAAAACACAAAAAGAAGAGGAAAGUUUCAAAAUUAUUAAAGUUAGCAAGGAGAUUGAGGAGCUAUUUAGAAUGAGUAAAUCAAGAUCAUUUUUCAGGAAUCUUGAAUGCGACUUAAAGUCAAGAGCCAAGGAGGAGUUGGAGGGUGCUGUGCCAUUUGAUGUUGAAGUAUUCUCGACAAACGACUCGUUGUAUAUCGUUUUUCCAUCAGAAAACUCAUCAGAUGGCGACGAAAUUAACGUCCAAGGUCUUCGCAAGGAGACGUUCUCUUCGCUUGUGGAAUCAUUUAGCACAACAAUUGGCUGUGUUCUCUUCAUACUAAAGGCCAACCUUGCUCAUUCUUUUGCUAAGGACAACUAUUCGAUGGUUGAUUUGGUUGAAAAUAAUAAAAAACUUGAGGGUUCCGAGUUUCACAUCGAAAAUAUCGAGGAGUGGACACUAGACUGUGUGAUGAAAGACAUUUUGAAUAUUCCAAAGGCAAGAAUAGACGCGAAGGAUCUUUAUCUUAUUGAGGACGGGGUGUCUGGAGAGUUUGUUUCUAAUCCAUAUCACAGGCUAAUAAUGCUGUCAAAGUUUAUUGAAAAAUCCCAUUCAGCCAGGAAAGAAAAGGCAAAGGUGUUUUAUGACAAAGCGGUACUCAAGUUCUUUGACUUGAAUAGAGUUCACGGUGUCGGUGAUGCGUUUGUGAUGUAUUCUGACAUUUCUCAUUUUGUCAAGAAAUGUGCAAAUUUCAAAUAUUCCGAAGACCUGAGCAAAGUGCGGGAGGAUCUGUUUUGUAAAAUACUGGAUCUAAGCACAGCAUUAGACAUUGACUUGGCUCUGUCCAUCCUUACGCUUAAGGCCAGAAUAAAACAAAAGCAGUUUGACUUUUACGAGAAUGUUGGGAAGUUUGUUCCUCGAAAGGCCCACAAGUUUUUCAAGAUUCAGUUUUUUGAAAGGCUGUAUGAUAGUUUUUGA